CCUCUCGCUGUCCCCCGCACCACACGCGCCCCGUACCCCGCACAUCCACCUCCUCUCUCUCCUCCCUCCGCGCCGCGCGCCCCCAAACCCUAGAACUCCACGCACGCGACGCGAGCUCCAAUCCCACCCGGUGUUCCCCCCCUCCCCCUGAUUCGCCUGCAACCACCACUCCCCUCUCCAAUCUAAUCCUCUUCCGGCUGUGCCGUCCUCCUGCUCCGCUUCCCUUUUUUCCGCGAGAUUUUGUUCUGUUUGGGGGAGAAACUUUUUUUGGGUGCUUUUUUUUUUCUUUGGUUGUGUUGUUUCAGGAGCGCGCGUGGCCUCGGAGGAUUCGCGGCGGCUGGGUUUUGGCGCUUCCGUGAAGGGUCGUGCCCCUCCCGUCUCCGACGUCCGAUCUCUGUGCGCCGGGGUUGUCAGCUACAAUGUCAUCAUACCCUGUGCUAAACAACAGACCUAUUGAUCAAUGGAGAGUUACUGAUCUGAAGGAUGAACUUCGUAAGAGGAGGCUCCCUGUUAAAGGCUUGAAAGAUGAACUUGUAAGGCGACUCUUCGAGUCAAUUCAGAGUGAAAAAGAAGAAGAAGAAGAAGAACAAGAUAAUGAAACUGUCGAAGUGAAUCCAGCAGCUAACCAGGCAUCUGAAAUACAGAGUGUUUCUCAGGAAACUACAGUUUCUAUUACAGAAGUUCACAAGGAAACUGUGGUUCAAGUAACUCAGGAAGCUACACCUCCUAUCACUGAAGUAAGUCAGUCGCUCACAGUUUCAGCUGCCGAAGAGCCCCCCAAGGUUAACGCGGUGGCAACCCAUGAAGCUCCCUUAAGCAAGGCCCCAACAGACAAAGGAGAAGAGCCACCAAUUGCAGGAGAUGUUUCCACAGUGGAAAACGAACAUCUUCAUGCUGAAAAUAAUACUGAACCUUUUGUUGAGAAGACACAAGAUGUUGGCACCAACGAAGCAAUUGGUGCCCUUGAUAUGACCAGUGCUGAUGUAGAGUCAGACAUGACCUCUUCUGAUAUCAAGAUAGAUGCUACUGAAGCCAGCAAAGUUCAACAACAUGACACAGUAGCAACAACUGUGGAUGCCAUCCCAACAGAUGCUGAUCCUAUGGAUACUGAUGUUGCAACUGAGAAGGCGGUUCUUAAUGAUUUGGGUGACACUACUUCAGUGUAUGAUGAAGAGCGCAAAGAUUCUGAGCUCACGAAUGAGGACGAGAAGCCCAUCGCACCAAAACCAAAUGAUCAGGUACCUGAGGUUAGCCCAGAUUUAGGGUCUCCAAUUAAGUGUGAGUCAAUUUCUAGCGAUGAUAUAUCAACUAACAAAAAGAAUAAUAUAAAGGAUAAUUUGAAUGCUAAUAAUUUUGAUUUAGAACUAGAGGCUAAGCCAGAGAUGGUAAAACCAUCUUCUGGCAUUACUUCCAUAGGUGGAGAUUUGCAGCCAUUGGAUGAUGACAAAGAUCUGGGUAAAAACCAGUCAUCUUUGGAAUACAUAGAUUCCACAGCUAAUGUGGAUGAAGGCGGCUCUCCAGAGAAACUAAAUUUAGACAGGAGUUCAGGUGAUGAGUCAAUGGAGGAGGAUGUCAUGGAGAUUAAGCAAGUUGAGUCCAACAUUAAAUCUGAAGGAACAGCUGAGCUUAGCUCAGAUCAUGUGAAAGAGGUGUCCCUCCCUGAUACUGUUGUGGACAAUUCCUCUGUUGACACGAAAGAAGUUAUAGCUGAUGAAAAGACAGCAGCUUCAACUGAAAAGAGGAAACUCGAAGCUGAAGAAACUGUUGCUGCCACUGAGCCAAUCAAACGCCAGCGUCGAUGGGCUGCAGAUGGUGCCAAAGUUCCAGAGAGACAACCAAUAAGUCAUAGUGGCUCUGAUGCUCCUAAGGAAAAUUUUCAGCCUGCUUUAAAACGAUCUUUUGGCAGGUCUGAUUCAACAGCUAGUGGAGAUUCCCCAAAGGAGCGGGUUGUGCCACCAUCUCAGAAACCUGCAACAGCUUCCUUGAGAAUUGAUCGAUUUGUAAGGCCAUUUACGCUGAAGGCUGUGCAAGAACUUCUUGGUAAAACUGGAUCUCUUUGUAGUUUCUGGAUGGAUCACAUCAAGACCCACUGCUAUGUUACGUUUUCAUCAGUAGAGGAAGCUGUGGCUACUCGGGAUGCUGUCUACGAUUUGCAGUGGCCACCAAACAACGGCAAUCGUUUGGUUGCUGAAUUUGUUGAUCCCCAGGAAGUGAAGCUCAAACUUGAACCUCCUCCGCCAGCGGCGGCUCCUAUUAGCCCUGCUACUACACCAAAGGAGCCACCCUUUCAACAGGCUCAGGCUAAUCAAAACAUGCCUCGUCAAGCCGCUGCACCAAGGGAGCACUUGCCACCUCCACCGCCUCUUACUACGCUUCCUACAUCUGACUCAGGAUCAGCAAAGGAGAGGCUUCCACCCACCCCAAAGAAACAGCCGGAACCUCCUGUUGUGACACUCGAUGAUCUCUUCAGGAAGACACAUUCUUCUCCUAGGAUUUAUUACCUUCCUUUAUCAGAAGAGGAAGUGGCAGCCAAGCUUGCUUCACAGGGCAAAGGCAAGAGAGAAUGAGGAGCUGUAGCCUCUUUUUUUCUUGUCGCUAGUAUGGGGGCAUGUGGAGGUAUGUAGUGGUUACAUACUUGCAUGUGUACGCUGCAGGUUGUAGGGCUGAGAGCCUGAGAUCUUUCUUCCUAACUUUCCAGGAAAAAUGGUGUAUUACAGCUCAGCAGCUGGCUCUUGCAGUUCAUUUGAAAUAACAGGAGGCGGCGACUGCUGUUAGGUAUUUUGCUGCAAGAGAGAGUAGCUGUAGGCUAGUGUAGAAGCAGCAAAUGUAUUUUCUACAGAAGGAAUGUUUUUUGUUCUAUCACUGUCUAGUGUGUUGCGUCUAACUCUUGUUACUUGGAACGUCUGACGUCUGAGAUUAUGGUUGGUUUAAACAAUCGGGUAUGGUUGCGACUUGUGACUCCUGUUAUAAUUUAAUUGCGAGGAUAUUUAUUGUCACA